UCCGGCCGCGGCCCUGCGCAACUGCUGUUGCGACUUGCAUGUUGGGAGGUGUUCGCGGCCGACUUCCAGACGCAGCUGGGGUUCAAGCCCGUGGCGUUGUCUGGGCGCGUCAUCGUCGGGCGCGUCGUGCCCGAGUCGCUGGUGGACGCGGCCGGGGUGAGGGCCGGCGACGAAGCGGUCGCGAUCUUCGGCGCGAAGGUCAACGAAAUGAGCAGCUACGAGCUGGAGCGCAUGCUGACCCAACGCCCGUUGAGGAUGCAGUUCGCGCAGCAGCCGGGCGGCCGCCCGGCAGACGACGACGGCCAGCACGCCGCCGAGCCGACCCGGGCAGCCGCCCGGGGCCACCGGC